AUGUGGUGCACAAGGUGGUUCCUGCCGCUGUUACUUUUGCCUCUCCCAACUGCUCAACCAUUUUUUUUGGUGCUCUUCCUAUUUUCGUUAGCCCUGCACGCGAAACCAUGCUUCUACUGUAUUGUACUUCUCGGAGCUCUCUUUCUGUCAUCAUGUUAUUGGCAGUCAUUCCCUUUGGAGACGCGUCUGUCAGUUCCAUGGUCCCCCGAUAUCAACACCUUUUAUGACGCAUUAAAUGCAUCCUUACCACUCAAUUUCGACCGACACGAAUACACUCCACCCAUAAUUCGCGUUAAUGACAGAUGCUGGUGCGAUUUUGCCUCGGGAAUUUUCGAGGCAUACGAUACGCAGAAAUGGGAGAGGGAAAGUGUGGAGAAACUGGCUGCAGAUAUGGUGCAGCAGAUGAAAGAUCUUACAGAGAAGCCCACCGGAGCAGAGGAGCUGCCAAGCACUGAAGAAGAAACACUUUUACCCGAGGAGACUGAUUUCUUGGCAAAUCAUACCGCACACGUCAUACCCACCCAGAAGUCCACAUUAUCAGCGCUUCGUUCAAUGUUUGGCAAAACAGAAACUCGAGGCUCACCAUCCGCCACAGAUGCGGAACCCGCAACGACGACGACGGCAACGUUAGUUCCCCCUCCCAAGCCAUCUCCAACGUCGGAGUCGCCGUCCCCUCGUCGACCACUUCGACCACUUGAAUAUGACCUUAAUCCAUACGGAUUUGAUCUCAUUCUCGAUUUUCAUUGGUCUUGA